AUGUCGAAAAAGGUUGUUCUCCGCUCGGCCGUGUCUCGCCCGGGGCAGCCGCUGCUGACGCAGAGCCGGAGCUUCCCCCAGACGGGGACGAGGCUGGGGGAGGCGGUGGGCGGCACCGCCGCCGUGUGCUGCUGCUUCUCGUUCGGGCUGGCGAACAUGAUGUAUCUGACGAUGUACAAGGUGCCGGCGAGACUCUGCCAGAAGGCGCUGCGGCGGAAGCGGCGGCAUCUGCGGAGCAACAGCGAUGGAUUGGAGAUGGUGAAUCACUCGCGACGGUGCACGUGCGGAUGCUGCGACGACAUCAUGGGCGCCGGGCGGGUGUACCCGCUGUGCAGCGAGGACGAGGAGGACGUGGCGGCGCUUCGGCGGCGGAGCGUGGCGGAGAAAGACUCGGACAUGGUGGAGCUGGAGAAAGAGAUGUGGGAGAGAUUUUACGGAUCUGGGUUCUGGAGAAGCCCCUCUCAGAAAAAUGAAAAAAGUGUUUAUGUUCCAAAUCUUAAGCUGGUUCCUGUUAAGUGA